AUGUCGGAAGGUGGGAAUUGCUCGGAGCUCGUGUCCUGGGAAUCCGAGCGGCCGCCCUCUCCUGGGGUGACCACUGCGCUGGCCACGGUGCUGAUCUUCACCGUCGUGGUGGACAUCCUGGGCAACGUACUGGUCAUCAUCUCGGUCUUCAGGAAUAGGAAGCUCAGAAACGCUGGUAACAUCUUUGUCGUCAGUCUUUCUGUAGCUGACCUGGUAGUGGCAGUGUACCCUUACCCUGUGAUCUUAUUUGCCAUUUUCCAACAUGGAUGGAAGCUGGGCGAUAUUCACUGCCAGGUUAGUGGAUUUCUAAUGGGGCUGAGUGUCAUCGGAUCGGUUUUCAACAUUACAGCAAUUGCAAUCAACAGAUAUUGUUACAUCUGCCAUAAUUUCAAUUAUGACAAGCUCUACAGCUACAAAAAGACGAUCUGCUACCUGUGCCUGACCUGGAUCUUAACAGUGGUUGCAAUCAUACCAAAUUUUUUUGUGGGCUCUUUGCAGUACGAUCCUCGUGUAUACUCAUGCACAUUUGCCCAAACAGUAAGCUCAUAUUAUACCAUUGCCGUGGUGGUUGUUCACUUUCUCGUCCCCAUUGGUGUGGUGACCUACUGCUAUCUGAGAAUCUGGAUCUUGGUCAUCCGGGUAAAACGACGUGUUAAACCCGGCGAGCCAAAGUUAAAGCCCAGUGACUUCAGAAAUUUCCUCACCAUGUUUGUGGUCUUUGUGCUUUUUGCAGUUUGCUGGGGGCCACUGAACUUUAUUGGUUUAGCUGUGGCUAUAAAUCCUCUAGCAGUGGCGCCGAAAAUCCCGGAAUGGCUGUUCGUCAUGAGCUAUUUCAUGGCUUACUUUAAUAGCUGUCUUAAUGCAGUCAUCUAUGGACUUCUCAAUCAGAACUUCAGAAACGAAUACAAGAGAAUACUAAUUUCAUUGUGGUCUCCUAGACUCUUCUUCACUGACCUGUCUAAAGUUGGAACAGAUGCAAUGAAGAGUAAGCCUUCUCCAGCACCGACCAAUAACAAUGUAGCAGAAGUGAACGUGUAA